CUGCUUUCCUUGCCUCUGUCUCAUGCUGUCUCAGCUGUUUCCCCAUCUUACUUCGGCACUUGAAAUUUACAGUCAAGAUAACGGGCAGCAGGAAGUGUUCAACAUCGCCUUGUGGGCCCGCCUCCAGCCUAGUCGAGGAUGGAUUCAUGUCCAGGAACACUUCGUUGCUGCACUCAGCUAAUUUCAUUGUGUGCAUCUGGCCGUACCAGGACGGUUGCGAGCAGUCUCACUGGGCCUCAUCAAUACCAUCACCUACUUCCCUUGGUCUACCUACACGGUCAUAACAGCUCUGGUACCAUGAACGGCGUGACGACGGAGAGCCAAGAUGGACUGGCGGGGCUGGAGAACACCAUGCCCAAUGCUUGCUGCUUGUCUGGGAUAACUCUGAAUGCUGCAUGCGCCCAGUGCCGAGUACGGACGAUGUACUGCAUAUAGUACCUUCGGAGCAAUACUUCACUUCUCGAGAUCACAGUGCGCGACCUUCUCUACACUACUUCUCUCUACCGCGACUGGGAACCUGGGAGGCAUGCAGCUUGUCCCUCUCCUCGUGGGACUGCUUUCUGCUCGCUUGUCUUCCUCGUUCGUCUGUCUGAUUGUCGUUGCCCGGGCCUUCCGCUCAUACGAGACUCUUUGGGAAAGGGCAAAAAAAAAAAAAAAAGACACUACACAACCUUUUGUAAAGAGUCCAAGUCCAGUCACUCAGCUUCUCCGUCACUUUGGGUCAAUAUCGACGCUUUACGAGGAAACAAGUCCAUCUACAUACCAAUCGUUCUGUGUGUUAUUUAUCCUCGGUAUUCUUCGUCUU